GCGCAUAGUUUCUUUCUCUGCACCGAUUCUCCAUUUGCUGUACAUUAAAUAAACAGAUACUCGCAAUGAACAAAGAAAGACUGAUUUUCGCCCCCGCUACUAAGCAGUACACGCGGGCGCACCUCACUCGCGCCAGUCUGAACGAGAGUCCUCUGCUGCAGUUCAACGCCUGGUACAAAGAAGCCGUCGAGGCCAACGAGCCCAUUGCCGAGUCCACCACUUUCUCGACCGCCCAGCUGCCCUCCGGCCGUGUAUCAGCCCGCAUAGUCUUAUUCAAAGAACUCGACAAGCGAGGCUUCAUCGUCUACUCCAACUGGCGUACAUCCAAGAAAUCCCGCGACAUUCUCUCGAAUCCCCACGCUGCACUCACAUUUUUUUGGAAGGGCCUCGAGCGCCAGGUGCGUGUCGAAGGCAAGACCGAGUUUGUGACGCCAGAAGAGAGCUACGCUUAUUUUAAGACAAGACCGCGCGAUAGUAAGAUUGGCGCGUGGGCGAGUCCGCAGAGUCAGCCGGUCGAGUCUCGCGAGGUGCUCGAUGAGCUUGUGGAGGAGAAGAAGGAGCAGUUUAAGGAUGUCGACGAUAUUCCUCUACCGGAGGGAUGGGGUGGACUGCGUAUAGUGCCGUUGGAGAUCGAGUUCUGGCAGGGUGGCAUGAACAGAGUGCAUGACCGGUUUACUUUUACUCGCGAGAACGAGGAUUCUGAGUGGGAAGUGAACCGACUGGCACCAUGAUUGAAUCAGAAAAGUAUCAGUUUUGGCUAAGAGAAGCUCGUUAGAUGCUACAGAUCAGAGCCGGCUCAGUUAGAUAAUGUUGUAUAGAAUAUAGAGAUUACUG